CAGCCGAGCGCUGUUUGCGAAUGACGUCAAUGCCGGAGCGCAAGAUGGACGCGUUCGGUCGGUAAGCGCUCGAGCGAGACCGGAACCGAGCGAACAGCCGCCGCACGGAGAGCCCGUGAUUCUGAGAGGCGAGUAACGCGAGGAUGGACGCCGCCGAGUUCAUGGACAGCGUGGACCAGAGCCUGACGGAACUGGGCGAUGAGUUCACGAUGGGAGACAUCGACGAGAUGCUGCAGUUCGUCAGUAAUCAGGUGGAUUUCCCGGAUCUCUUUGAGGACCAGAUGGGGGGUGGAGCCGUGGCCCCCGUGAGGCCCCUCCCACAGAUGGCCCCCAGCACCAUACUGACGCCCCCACACACACCCAUACAGACCAGCAGCCAGACGCAGACACGCACACCGCCGCUGCUGCAGCCGCGACCACAGCCAAUCACACAGAUGCAGACGCAGACGUUCCCCAUGCAGACGCUGGCGGUGCAGACGCCGGCGCAGCCGCAGACGGUGAUGAUCGCGCCGACCGGCACGCAGACACACCGAUUCAUCCACAACCAGGUGAUCUGCCAGCAGAACCCCGGCGCCGGCUUCCAGGCUGUGUCUUUCUCAGUCCUCCAGCCGCAGAUGCAGAGCAUCAUGACGUCUCCGCAGGUCCAGCCCAUGACCAUCCAGCACCAGCGGCUGCUGACUCCAUCCGGUCAGACCUUCCAGACGCUGUCCACCGCGCCGGUCCACACCGUAUCGCAGCAGGUGCCUGUGCUGCUGCACCAGCCACAGAUCCUGAAGACGGACUCUCUGGUUCUGACCACGCUCAAACCGGACGGGACGCAGGUGCUGUCGACCGUCCAUAACCCGCCGGGCAUCACCACGCUCACGGCACCCAUCCAGACCACCUCGCUGCAGGUCCCUACGCUGAUGAGCAGCAACAUUCUGACCACCGUUCCCAUGGUGAUGGGAGGCGGAGACAAGCUGCCAAUCAAGCAGCUCUCCUCGGGCACCGCCCACAUGGGGGGCGGAGCCAGGGUGGCAGUGGAGCAGGGCAUGGCCGUUACCGCGGGAACGGUAGGAGUCGUGAAAGAGGGCGAGAGACGGACGACACACAACAUCAUCGAGAAACGCUACCGAUCGUCCAUCAACGACAAAAUCCUGGAAAUGCGCGACCUCGUGAUGGGCAACGACGCCAAGAUGCACAAGUCUGGCGUUCUGCGUAAAGCCAUCGACUACAUCAAAUACCUGCAGCAGGUGAACCAUAAGCUCCGGCAGGAGAACCUGAUGCUCAAGAUGGCCAGUCACAAGCACAAGUCGGUGUGUCUCUCUGAUGAUGUGGAUCUGAAGCCGGAGGUGGCCUUUAUUUCUCCUCCUCCGUCAGAUUCGGGCUCCAGCUCUCCUCCUCAGCUCUCGCCCUUCUGCAUCGACUCGGAGCCUGGCAGCCCGCUGCUGGAGCACGAGACGGUGAAGAGCGAGCCGGACUCGCCGUCGUCGGUGGGAGUGAUGGACCGCUCGCGUCUGCUGCUCUGCACGCUCACCUUCCUCUGUCUGUCGCUCAACCCUCUGCCGUCUCUGCUGGAGUCAGAGGAGAGCGCCGGGCUGACGGCAGCACACGGAUCCUCGCGCUCGCUCUUCUCGCUGCCCACGCAGAGCUUCGGGGCGUGGCUGUGGUGCGUGUUGCCGUGGUUCCUGGUGUGGGUCCUGAGUGGGGUGGGUGUGGUCUGGGGGUGUGUCCGUGUGCUGUACCUGUGGGAGCCGGUCACGCCCCUUCACUCGCCCACCUCAGUGCGCUUCUGGAGACACCGCAAACAGGCUGACCUGCAGCUGUACCGGGGCGAUUACUCGGAGGCCGCGGUCAGUCUGCACACCUGUCUGUCCAUCUUGUCCAGAGUGCUGCCCUCCUCCACCCUCGACAUCAUCUGCUCGCUCUCCUGGAACCUGAUUCGCUACUGCCUGCGGAAACCCGCCCCUCUGGGCUGGCUGGUGCGUCUGGUUGGAGGGAGACAUGAGGGGGAGGAGUCACAGACCAGCUCACGCGACGCAGCACUGGUGUAUCACCAACUCAGCCAGCUGCAGCUCACAGGUAAGCUGGAUCAGCGGCCGCUCUGGGGUGUGUGUGUGUCUCUGAGCGCUGUGAAUCUGAGCAAGAGUGCGGAGGGGAAGAUGCCGGUCGCUCAGCGGAUCCAGAUCUUUGUGACGGCAGCCAUCAGUCUGAGAGCGGCACUGGGGAAACACCUCACCUGUCUGCCCGGUUACCUGCUGAGCUGCGCCGAGGCUCUGGCCUGUCAGUCAGACUCUAAGCUCCUCCCAGACUGCCUGCGCUGGAUCUUCACGCCGCUGGGCCGCCAGUUCUUUCUGAGCUGUGAUUGGUCAGUGAGGGCGGAGAGCAGCGAACAGAUCUUCACGUCUCAGAGAGAUGAAGCGGAUCCCAUCGCACAGCUGCACCGCUGCUUCUGUGAGAAACUCCUGGAGAGAGCCGUGCACACGCUGAUCGAGCCGCAGAGCAGCAAACACGCAGAGGAUGCUGGGGAGUUCACGGGUGUUAUGGAGUUUCUGCAGCUGCUGAACAGCUGUACUGAAGACUCCGCCCCCUCCACCGCCCCCUUCCCUGCGCUGGCCAAUCAGAGCUCAACACCAGUGAGGGACCCCGUGUGCCGCUGGUGGGCGUCGGUGCUGAAGGCCGCGGUUCAUUGGCUGCAGGGUGAUGAUGCGUCGGUGAGGUCGCUGCUGGCGGAGGCGGAGCGGAUGCCCAGAGCGCUGCACACGCUGGAUCACCCGCUGGCGAAGGCCGUGCUGGCGCUCUGUAAGGCUGUGCAGAUGAGUGUGAGUCAGCAGAAGGGCGAGGGGGUCGUCAGCUGCCUCAGUCACUGCCAGCGCUCCAGUGCUCACCUGCACAUCAGUGUGUGUCAGUCACACAACAACACCUGGCUGCACAAGGGGGUGGAGCUUCUGGUGUGUGACCUCCUCCUGACUCUGAGGACCAGCCUAUGGCAGCGCGGAGGCGGGUCUAACGGAGAGCCAGGCCCCGCCCCCGGAUCCCAAUUGGCUGGAUUCCAAAGGGACUUGAGCUCUCUGCGUAAGCUCGGCCAGGCCCACAGACGGGCCCAACACAAGCUGUUCCUGCACGAGACGACGGUCCGACUGAUGGCAACGCCGCCAGGUCACCGCGCUCGAUUGCUGGCCGAGGCCAAGCGCACGCUGGAGCGAGUGGGAGACCGCAGAUCCCUGCAGGACUGCCAGCAGAUACUGCUGCGGCUCGGAGGAGGAACCACCAUCGCUGCCACAUAACACACACACACUCACACUCACACAAAUAUAUACACACUCACACACACACACCUUCUUCAGCUGUAUGUUAGUCAUGAUCAUGUUAAUAUUAGAUGUAUAUUAGUUUCAUCCUCAACACACACACAUAUACACAAACACACACAGGUUCAUUCAGAUCUACUGCAACAGCUAGUAAAUAAACGGCUUGUGUCUGCAGCUACCUCACAGACACACUCUCUCUCACACACACACACACACACACACAUAUACGUAUGUUGUACAGAACUGUGUCUUAUAGACCAAAGUCUUCUAGCGCUAGUGAGAUACAUGAGGGUUAUUAUAUAAUUAUUAUUUCACAUGACGACCUUAACACUUCAUCAUGUGUCAUUUCUUCAGAUUUAGUUUCUGAUGUGUUUGUUUUAUUUUGCUUCGGUAGUUUUUUGUCUUUAUUCUUUUAUAUUUGAAUAGAUGAAAGCGAGACUUUUAUGAUGACAACACGUGAUGAUGAUGAUGAUGAUGAUGUAAUGUCUCACACACACACACACAUCAGAAAUGAGCUGUUAAUGCAGAAAAAAUAAGCGUGUGUAUUAUUUGGUGUUUAUAAUAAUUUAAUCUAAAGCUCCUGGUUGUGUUUUAAUAUCUAACUGUAAUAACUCUCUGCAGCUCCGUCACAUGCACUCUUUCUGCUCUCACUCUUUCGUUCAUGUGUUUGUCUGAAGCUCUACAUCUUCAGAUUUUUUUUUUUUUAAUAAAACUGCAGAUGCCGUUGAAGAACCA